AUGAUCUAUAGAAAAAAUAAGGAAACUGACUCUGUUAUUCAUGCACUUCGAAAUAUGCCAGAAUUUGCAAUAUUAAGUCAGUUUUUAUUUCUUUUCCAUAAAAUCUUAAAACUGGAUGAUUUUGACAUUGAAUUUUUUGAGCAAGAGCUUCUCGGAUUUCAUGAACCUCAUACAUUGACUAUUAUAAGAUAUGGUCUCGUACGAUAUUUAUCUUCUAACAGACAUAUUAAUGCGGAAAAUGUGGACUUUUAUACAAGAAAACAAUUCCUUCUUCGUAAACCAGAAAAUAAUCCUUAUGGAGAUAAAGAAAUCCCUUAUUCAUGGGAUUCUUUUGAUAUCUUUACAAAGGUUCAAGUUUUAUUGCAACUUUGUGAAUGGCAGUUACUUAAUCCUGAAAAAUUUAGAGAACGUGUUGGUGCAAAAGAGUCGGAUGAAGUUACAUGGAGAAUAGAUCCAAUAGGAUAUGAUUCUCUCGGCUAUACAUAUUAUUUAUUAGAUGAUAAUCGAUUAUAUAGACAUUUAGAUACUUUUCGUCGUCUUCCAAAUGAAAAGUCGCGCAAAAAUGAUACUAAAUAUAAAAAAAGGAAAAGAAGACGAAUUGUUGAUGAUGAUGAUCUUGAUUUAAUUGAUAUCUCAACCACUGAUGAUAAGAAAAUACAAAGUCCUCAAAUAGGGCACUGGGAAAAUGUUUGUGUAACUUUUAAUGAUUGGAAAAAUUUUGUAAAUUCUAUUUCUCAUUCAAAAAAUAAAAAUGAACAUACAUUAUAUAAUUAUCUUCAAAAAAACAUUUUACCAUAUCUUCAAGAAAAUGAAGAGAAGAAAGAAAAAGAACGGCUACUCAAAGAACGUGAAAGACUUAAAGCAGAAGCAAUAGUCCAUCGUAAAAAAUCAACUCGUAUAGAGCAAAGAAAACUUAUGAAACUUCAAGAAGAAGAAAAAAGAUUAGAACAAGAACAAUUAGCCAUGUUAAUAGAGAUAAAAAAAAGAGAAGAAAACCAAUUAAUUGAAUAUGAUCGAAAAUUGCGUAUGGAAACAAGGGAUAGAAAACAAAAAGAAAAAUUAUUAAAAGAAUUAUUACAAAAAGAAAACAGUGAAAAAAUUGAUAUUUCUAAUUUCAAUAAUUCUUCAAAUACAUUAAAGACUAAUCCAAUUAAACGAAAAAGUACUAAAAAAGUUAAACGGAAAAAUAUAAAAAAUAAAAAAAUAAAAAAUACUGAUUGGAUUUUUAAUUGUGUAUGUGGUAUAUCUGGUAAAAAUUAUUUGGAUAAUGAAUUAAUGAUUGCUUGUGAUCAAUGUAUGGUGUGGGAACAUGUAAAAUGUCAGCAUAAUGCUGAUGAAAUAUUUUUAAAAUUACAAGAGCAACCUAAUGAAAAUAAUGGAAUUCCUUUUAUUUGUACAAAAUGUAGUCAAAGUUCAAAAGAAACACAUGAAUAUCCUAUAGAUGUCAUAAAUGAAAACAAAUCAAAAACAUCAGAAAAUACCUUAUACGAAAGCUUCGAUAAAAUGAUUAUUCCUAACCCAGCAGAAAAAAUAGUUCCAAAUAAUAAUGUUAAUAUGAUAAAUAAAUAUACAUCUAAAAUAUGUUCUAAUGUUCAUUCUAUUUCUGGAUCUUUUGGUACUAAUACUUGUCAUCAAUCUCAAAUAUCAUAUUCUCAAAUUGCAAAUUUUCCUGCAUUUCAGCAAAAUAACAUGCAAGCUUUUAAACCGUUUUAUCCUCUUGAAUCCUCUUUGCAUAUUCAGAACAUUUCAUCGUCUUUUGAGGAAUAUUCACAACAAAAUUUUCAAGUAAUAUAA